AUAAGGGCGGUACGAGAAAGAGCGGACGCCCAGCCCCUUUCCGGCCCUUCCUGAGGCGGCUCCGCCUUUUACUCGGCACCCUUCCCGGAGCUGCUUCUGUGCGGGAACCGCCGCUGGUCCCGGGGCUCCUUCGCCGCCAGAGCGUCCCCAAAGUGUCCCCAAGGUGUCCCUGAGGUGUCCCCAGUGACCAUGGAGCCCAAAGAGGUGUACGUGGCCCUGCUGCAGCCACAGGUCAGGGUUGUGUGCAUCCUGGGCGAGCUGCUGGACACCCUGCCCAGGCGGGAGGAGGAGAUGCUGCUCAUGUCCCUAAAGCGCCUGAACAGGGACCUGGAGGAAUUCACCAAGGAGCUCCGGGUCACCCUGUACCAUAUUCAUGACACCUCGUGGCACCUCAAUGUCACCUCCGAUGAUGAUGGCCCUGUCACCUUCCUGAGCCGGGUCCUGGCCGCCUACAGGAGCACCCCAGGGACCACCUGGGAUCGAGUGACAAUGGCAGUCAGCAAGUCUAAGAGGUCGGUGUCUGUGCUUGUGGACAGGUGGGCGGAGCUGGCCAGGAAGGCCACCAAGCUCCACAGCACCUGCAGGGGGGUGGUCACCUGGGCCAGGGAGCUGCAGGGCGAGGCUGCCCGUGAUGGGACAGCUCAGGGAAACAUGGUGGGGCUGGGUCAGGCCCUGGUCAGGGAGGAGGGGGCCGAGGUGGUGGCUGGGCAUGAAGACCAGGUGAGGAGAGUGGCCAUGGUGGCUGUUAGCCAGGGAAGAAGGGCCACCAUGGAGAGAGAGCGGGUGGAGGCGGCCCAGGGGCUGCUGGAGCGCUUGGUGGCCGCGUGUGACGAAGCCACCGCGUUCCCCCGGGAGCUUCAGUGGCGGCUCAGGGACAUCGAGGCCGCCCUGGAGGUGACAAAUUGGGUGUCCGCCGAUGUCCCUGAGAGCUUGGUGGCCAAGGUGGCCGCGGCAGAGCAGCUGUGGGAGGCCAAUGCCCACCUGGUCAAGGAUCACCUGCUGGGAGCCAUUGAGGACAUCAUCGACUACUAUAGCACGGGUGGUCCCACGGGCCCCAGUGCCUGCGGGGUGGCCGAGCGGUGCCAAAGAGCCAUCGAGGACAUCCCAAGGCUCCUUCAACCCCGAGAGCGUCCCCGGAGCAUCCCCAAGAUCUCCCCAGUGUCCCCUCAGCAGCUGCAGGCGCUGGUGGCCGUGGUGGCCACCCUGGGCAAGGUGGCGGCCGCCGUGAUGGGGCCGCACUGGGACAAGUCCCUAAACUUGCAUGAGGACCUGAGGAGAUUCACCCGGAGCCUCCAUGCGACCCUGAACCUGGUGAUGUCACAUCCCUGGGCCACCCUGGUAAUGUCACCUUCCUGGGCCACCCUGGUGUCCCCUCCCUUGUGGGAAGUUAGGGACAGGCGAUCGGAAGGUUUCGCGUUGUACGGGCAGACAGGACCACUCCUCCCACCUGUUAAAGUUGGUUGGCCUCCAGCAACGCUCUGUCUGUGUCAUGGGUAGAGCUGAAGUUGUAUAACCCCAGUAAAAUCUUAAUAAACUGUCAAGAUAAAGAGA